AGCCAACUACGAUAAGAAUUGAAUAAUCACGUUAAGAUUUACACAAAUUGUACAGAAGCUGUACGAGAUAUCGGAGAUAGAAUUAGUUUGAAGCGGCGCGAGUGCUCGCAAAUGCGAAAUAGGCAUUUGAGACAGGACAGGAGUAGAACUGUUGGCGGCAGUGCGCAGAGACGAAAGACGAACAAUUAAUAAAAAUACAAAUUUAAAUAAUUAGCGACUAAACUUAGUGAGUGUGGUUGUUGUGUGGAAAUGUGAUAAUAAUACGUUUUAUAAAUUUAUUUGCGGUUAAGGCUACGUACGGCAUUCUGGCAUUUAAAAGUAGAUCGCAACGUUGACAGCUGACUCAGUGUAAAAGUAGACGGUGAAGUAUCGUGUAUAUCUUAACUGUUUUUUUUUUAUAGUUUAUAAAUUAAUAAAAUAAAACAAAAAAUUACUCAGUAAUCUUAUUGAAAAAUUUUCUCAACAAUUCAAUUGAAAAUGUCCGCCGAGGAGGAGCUUCUUAAACUAAAACCUCAUAAUUUAGAAAAUGGCGCUGGCGCGUCAGCAGGCGCUAAAAAAGUAACGGCAGAUGAGCUUACAGCUGGUGACAAGCCCAAGGAGCAAUGGGGCAAUGAAAUUGAAUUUCUUUUCUCCUGCAUUUCAUUGUCUGUGGGUUUGGGCAAUAUUUGGCGUUUCCCUUAUAUCGCUUUUCAAAAUGGCGGUGGCGCUUUUGUCAUACCAUAUUUGAUUGUUUUGCUUAUCAUUGGACGGCCAGUGUAUUAUUUGGAGAUUAUAUUGGGACAAUUUUCGGGUCGGGGCUGUAUUAAGGCAUUCAAUAUGGCGCCAAUUAUGAAGGGUGUCGCCGCUGGUCAAGUUCUUGCAACCGGCGCCUCGAUCACUUACUACUCCAGCAUAAUGGCAUUGACUUUACGCUUUUUAAUUGCCUCCUUCUCCAAAGUGCUGCCUUGGAGUUACUGUCGCGAGGAGUGGGGCGACAGCUGUCUUAAUGAAACCACAUCAGUGGCGUUUAACGGUACUCAGUUGAACGUUUUAUCGCAUGAGCGACAAACAAAAAUGUCGCCAGCUGAAUUGUAUUUUCAAAAGGAAAUUUUGCACGAACAAGAUGACAUUUUCAAUGGACUGGGCAUGCCCAAUUGGGAGCUGGUGGGCUGCUUAGCGGUGGCAUGGUUUAUUAUUGGUGGUGUCUUGAUAAGAGGCGUGAAAAGUUCCGGUAAAGCUGCCUACUUUCUUGGUGUUUUCCCAUACGUGGUCUUGCUGGUACUGCUGCUACGUGCUGUUACACUACCCGGUGCCAUGGACGGCAUCAUUUAUUUUUUCAAGCCACAAUGGUCGGAGCUAUUAAAUCCACUGGUCUGGUAUGCCGCUGUCACACAAGUCUUCUUCUCAUUGGCCAUCUGCUUCGGCACGUUGAUCACGUAUGCCUCGUACAACAACUUCUCACGCAACGUCUACAAAGAUAUAGUGAUCAUCACCACAAUGGAUUCUUGCUCCUCCAUCAUCGCAGGCUGCAUCACAUUCGGCAUACUCGGCAAUUUGGCCUUCAAAACCGGCGCAGCCGAUGUGGCUAGCGUUGUGAAGGGUGGCGCUGGCUUGGCUUUCAUCUCCUACCCCGAUGCCAUAGCCAAGUUCGAAUUCAUGCCACAGGCAUUCGCGGUACUUUUCUUUCUCAUGCUAUUCGUAUUAGGUAUCGGCAGCAUGGUCGGCAUGGGCUCCUGCAUUGUACGUGUGAUACGUGAUCGUUGGUUGCGUGCGCCGAACUGGGCGCUAGCGCUGAGCUUAGCAGUGCUGGGUUUUGCCGUAAGCAUUGUAUAUAUGACACCUGGUGGACAGUUUGUAUUGAAUCUGGUGGAUUUUUAUGGUGUAUCAUUUACGGCGCUAAUUUUAGCGAUUGGCGAAUUAUUGGCCGUUGGUUGGGUGUAUGGCGUGAAGCGUUUCUGCGCCGAUAUUGAAUUUAUGAUUGGCUUGAAAACCGGCGUUUACUGGCGCGUCUGCUGGGGUGUCAUAACACCGGGUCUAAUGCUGGCUGUGCUCAUUUAUACACUCAUCGAUUUGAAGCCGUUGACAUACAAAAAUGUUGACUAUCCACGCAUAGCGCACAUUUUCGGCUGGUGUUUGUCCGCCAUUGGUCUUUUGCAAAUACCGUGUUGGGCUUUAUACAGCAUUUACAAGCAGUCAAAAACCGUUGGUUUGCUUAAUAAAUUAACGGCUGCCGCUGCACCUGCAAAUGUUUGGGGUCCACUGGAGAAGAGUACGCAUGAAGAGUAUGUAAAUCAACGCCGCAAAUUGGAGCUGGAAGCGAAGCAGAGAACAAUUUUACAAACCGCUUAUGAUAAUUUAUUUGGUUAGAUUAACUUUUAUGUGCGCAUGAUAUUUCUUUAGCGAAAAUUGUAUUUGUUUAUUAAUAGCUACAAUUUACACAAUUGUUGUAUUCUUUUAUUUAAAAUAAAUUUUUAACAAAAGU